AUGGAUUCAGUGCCCGUAUUCCAGUAUCGAAAUUGGCUUGUUAAGAAAGACAUCGACAACAACGACAACAACGACAACAAUAACGACAACGACAACGACGACAAUAACUCUCUUCAAUCCGAUUUUUUGGCUCAAAGCUUCGUUGAAGUAAUAGCUAGUCAGCAAGGAUGUGACGCCACUUCUAGUCUAGGCGGAUUGCAACGUUCAGCUGAGUCAUACGACCGUCAUGUCAUUCAAUGGGAGACAGGUAUCGAUGCAUUCCAAGAACAUACCCGUGUGUCUUUGGAUGCUUCUGUCAGUCAGGAACUCGUUACAUUCUCGUCGGGGCAAGUGAACAACGAUAUGAUCACUUUUCUCCGGGUUAUGAAUGCCGCACACGAACCAUGGAACCCAUUGCCCUAUCCAAGAAGAUCUCACGUGACUACUUCAGAUCUGGUCAUGCAAAAAAUUUCAUAUUACAUAGGUCCUAAGCUAGAUGCUCCGAGUAUCUACUACAGUGCGACUUCCCAAGCCUUCCAUUCAGCUACGUCACGGCUAGAAGGAUACAAAAACUCUGUUCUUGGAACUAUAUCGGUUAAAUCCGAGUACCUCGAAAUGCUGAGAGGAAGAGGGCUUUAUCCUGUUGAUCCACGGAUUGAACAAAAUUGGUCAGGAGAAGGACAGCAUGUCGAGUUCAAGAAGGGUGAAAUUGAGAAGAUUAAUAAGCUGCUUAAGGUCGAGAAGCCUCUUGGCUUUGGAGGUGUAGGUUUUGUUUACAAGGUCAAAUGCCGCCGUAUCUCCAUAGCGCGCAAGACUAUCUACAGGAGGACACCCUUUACCAGGGAAAACGCCAUUAGUGAGGUCGGGCAUAUGGCUCGGCUCAAACACUCUCAUAUCGUACGCCUAAUCGGUACAUACGUCUGGAUGAGGGAGUUCUGCAUCCUGAUGUAUCCUGUUGCCGACGGUAACCUGGAAACGUUCCUCGGAUUUCUGGGCAAAACUUCACCCGAGAAGAUUGUAUCCAACGAACAUUCACCCGAAGACCAUUCUUUUGACCUGACCCAAGCAAGAGCUAUGGCAUUCUCUUGUACAGGCUUUUUCUCCUGUCUGAGCAGUGCAAUAAAACACAUCCACGGUAGUCUCGUUAAGCACAAGGAUAUCAAACCUAAGAAUGUACUUGUGCGAUCAAGGUGGCACUAUAGUGGAGGGCGUCCAGAGUAUAGCUCUAAGGUCUAUAUCUCUGAUUUCGACAUCUCCCGUUCGUACGAAACUAUCGAUGCUGCAAAUACAGAUGGUUACACAUCAUGCACGCUGAAGUAUGCUUCACCCGAGGUUGCUCAGGAAAGUGACCAUGGAUUUCCUGCGGACAUUUUCUCGCUUGGCUGUGUUUUCCUUGAGAUUUUCGCUGCUUUGGAUAGUUGUAAGGUCGAAAGAUCUCUAGAUACCUACUCCCGAACAUCACCAGGACUUCAGGAGAAUCGGGAUACCGAUCAGGCAUCAUACGGAUUGCAAGAAGAGCUGGAGAAUCUUCUCAUACCUAACCAUGGUUCGAAAACGUCCUGCCAUGGAAACCUUGCCUCAUUCCAAGAGCUCUUGAAGGCGCGAAUGCCGAACUACAAAGAGACCUCAAUUCCCAGUCGGAGUACACUUCGGAUGAUUCGGAAGAUGAUUCAAUCCAAACCAGAGGACCGACCAACUGCUGAACGUCUAGUACAAGAAUUUGGAGAAAAGUCGUGCUGCAUUACUGGACCAGAUGAGCUGGAAGUGGAGGAUGGGCAGCCCGCAAAUAGUACCGAAAACUCCCUGGAGGUCAUGAUGAAGACGCGAAAUCUUCAGCAAGGUGUUGGAUCCGACCCAAAUCAAGAAAAAAUCAAACCUGCAUCAUUCCAGAAAGAUUAUCGCAUAGCUGGCUUGAAUGAAGAUGGCAACCUGUUACGAAUGUCGGCUGGAGAGGAAGUGUACCAGCCCAUUGAUACAUCUCUUCUAUUAGAUCAUAUGGGGAUGUGGGAACAGUUAUCUUAG